AUGAUUCGGAGGCUACUCGACUUCGGCGCUUAUAAUUAUUAUCAGCUCAUUAUUUGGCACGAUCCUUUACAUGAGGACGAAUACAAGAACAAAAGCAUCUUCCUCGCGGAUAUAAACAAUGAGCGGGUGAGUGAGUGCUCAAAGAUCGGUCGCACCUUACACGUGACAAGCGUAGGUUCCAUGUGCAGGGGGUGA